AUGGCGACUUCCAAGGUCCCUGUUUAUUCAACCAAUGACCUGAAGUCCACCAGCGAUGACGCCCUCCUUCCCUACCUGAGCACCCUCCCAGCGCCCUACGCCUUCGCAGCGGACUACACCAAGUCAAAUAUCCGCUUCGCGCUCGGUUACAGCGCCGUUGCAAUCGCCGCAUUUACCUUCUAUGCGGACCGCAAACUAGGCUGGGAGGCGACCACGUCGCCGUGGAUCAUUACCGCAGUGGGCACGUACUUCGUGCUGAACAGCCUGCUUACGUUCUGGAUCUGGCGCGUCGAGGCGGGAGAGGUCUUCGCUGGCAAGAGGAAGACAGGGGAGACGAUCUCGAUCAGCUCAUCUGCCAAGAAGUUUUCUUCCCAGUACAAGCUGCAUAUUCUCUACAAAUCCGCUUCGGGGCAGGUCAUCCAGGAAAAGCGCUGCGAGGCGCCGUUCACCACUUGGUUCUCGGCGGAUGGCGUGUUUCACCCGGGACCCUUCCGUCGCUGGUUGGCUGGCGAGAUCGAUGUGCUGAGACUGGCGGCCAAGGAGAAUGAGAAGAAGACCGGGGGUGUGUCGGGGCUGGUUGGGAAGCAGGAUGACGCUGAGAGCAGCAAACCCUCUAAGAAGAAGCGGUAG